GUCUGAACUUCCUCCCUACGGACACUCUGUGCUGCCUUCUCUCAACUUUUUCCAGCAGAAAGUUGGGAGCUCCUCAGAGCUGAGCAGCACCUGUAGUGUUGCCAUUUGCAGGGAGAGGCACCGGAGGACCCCAACAGCUCACCCUCCAUCAAAGGUUAUCAGGGAACUGGGAGCCUGGGCGGAGGUAGGGGAAGGCAGAGAGAAACAGUCCUUGUCUAGAUUUCCUAGUCUGUGCUUAACUCAGAACAGCUGGGUAUCUUUAGAGGCCCUUGGAGGGGUUCAGAGUUGUUGGGAAGAAACUAGCCAGGAACUGAAAAUUCAGGUAUGGGGGAGAAGCAGUAGAGCCAGAGUUCAGAGGUGAGAAGUGAGAGGGCACACUCUUGAUUGCCACACCCUGCCUUUUUCUCGGACCAAGGAAGGAGACAACAUAGGAGGGAGCAAGAGCACCACUCUGCCCUCACUCAGCAUUCUAGGAUGCUUGUGAGGUGCCAUGGUUCCCUGGCCUUCUGCUUCCUGCUUGUCCUGCUUGAAACUCCAGGUCUUGCGAGUGAAGAGACCCUGAUGAAACCAAAACUGAACAUUUUGGGAGAUCAAGUGGUGAUCCAGGCUGGUGGAGUAUUUGACAUUACUUGCAGAGGAUUGGCUGCCAUGACCUGGACCUGGGGCAUUGGACCUGCAGGGAGUCGGACCCGCAUCUUGGAAUAUCCCUGUUCUGAUAACCACCUUUUCACUUGUAACCAACUCACUAUCUUCCACACAGAAGCUGGUGACACUGGCUACUUCACAUGUAGUUACAAAGAUGUUGCUGACACCAAGGAUUCUAAUGGCAAGGCCAGUGUAUAUGUGUAUGUCAAAGAUGACAACCAGACCUUUGUGCAGGCCUACGACAAUAUACCUCUUGUUAUCACUGUGUUUACUGACACUGAAGAGAUACUUGUACCAUGCCGGGUCACUUCCCCUGAUGUUGAUGUUAAGCUUCAACUGUUGCACCCUGCCACAUUCACCUAUGCAAGCCAAAACUGGGACCCCAGGAAAGGCUUCACUGUGAUGCGGCCCUCUUAUCAGUUCUACAGUAGCAUGCUCCAAUGCAUUGCUGAAGUCAAUGGAAAGAUCCACAGGUCACUGUAUCUCCCACAGCGAUUGGAAAUAAAGAGAGGAAAUAUCUCUAUCAGAUAUAACCAGAAGAGGCUUUUGAUGGGAGACACCCUUUUCCUGCAGUGUGUGGCAGAGACCACAUUCAAUGGACGAAUCAAACUGGAUUGGGUAUUCAACCGGCAAGAUUCUAAGACAACACCCAGGUGUUGUGAAGUUAAAAGGAAUUUGUACCAAGGGUCCCCUGUGUACAAAAGCUAUAGUAAUUUGACCAUCUGGAAUAUAACCAUGGAAGACAAGGGUUUAUAUAUUUGCCAGGAAAAUAACAACACUGCCCUGCAAGCCAACAUUACCAUCACAGUAUACAAAAAAUCAUUCCUCAAUGUGAGAUGCAAAAGAAGGUGCAUUUAUGAGGUGACAGCUGGGCAAAGGAUGCUCAAAAUAGGAGUAAGAGUGGAUGCUUUCCCUCGCCCCAAUGUGACCUGGUUCAAAGAUGGAAAACCACUCCCAGUAAACCAUACCUUCCAGCUGGACACUCUAAACUACAGACUUAAAAUCCUGGAAGUUAAUGUAAAGUAUGCUGGAAACUACACUUUUGCCCUGAGCAAUACCAAGCAUGGCCUCUACAAAAACAUAACUGUACAACUGAUUGUCAAUGAAAAACCUAAGAUUUAUGAGAAGGAUACAGACUUGAAGACCAAUAAUGCAGUAUUCCUGGGAAGUGAGAACACCCUUCGCUGUACUGCAAGUGGCCUGCCUUCACCCUCCUUCAUGUGGGCCUGGGAGCCCUGUAGCCAGACAGAUGAAUUUUGUAGGGAACGGGGCAAACGUAUAUAUCUUUCCAAAGAGACUUUGAAAAGUGACCUCCCUUUGAGCAACAGGAUCCUUUCCAUUGAGGAAAUGGUAUUGACACAUGGAGAAAAGUCCAAGACCCUGAGCUCACUGACCAUACUGACCAGCAAUAUUUCUGGUAUAUAUUACUGCAUAGCUGUAAACAAGGUUGGCAUUGAUGAGAGAAGCAUACAGUUCUUUGUCUCAGAUGUGGCUGAUUUCAUGGAGGCAGAACCUCUAGUCUCAAUGAUUGAAGGCUAUGAUGCUCGGCUCCAAUGCAAAGCAGCUAAAUAUAUCUACAAUCAACUUGCUUGGUUCAGCCCCUUAGGCGAGAAGAUUCCUGUUAUAGACACUGAAAGCUUCAGAAGCAACUACUCCAUCUCAUUGACACUGGUGAUCAAGAAUGUGACUCAGCAGGAUAAAGGGCAGUACAAGUGCAAGGCUUGGGCACAGAAGAAUAUCACCAACAUGAUGCAGCUCAACACUCAGCUCUUUAUUAGAGAAAGGGUUGCCCCAUUCAUUAUUGAGAAUCUCACCAAUAUUGAGGUCAACCACAGUGGCAAGAUUUUGCUGGAUUGCAAAGUGGGUGGAAUACCAUGCCCUCAAAUCCACUGGUUGAAAAAUGGAAUUCCUGUUCUCCCUGCUUCAGGGAUCUUCUUUGAGAAUAACACACUAAUUAUUGAAAGAGCCAAAAAAGAAGAUGAGGGCCUGUAUCUGUGCAAAGCAACCAAUGAGUUGGGAGAAGUCCACACAACAGCUCUUAUCACCGUGGAGGGCUCUGAUGAAAAAUCCAAUAUUGAAAUCAUCAUUCUUGUUUGUACUGGCCUGACAGCUACCCUUUUCUGGCUUCUUCUGACCCUGAUCAUUCGCAAACUCAGAAAGCCCAGUGUUUCAGAAAUCAAAACAAGCUACCUUUCCAUCAUUGUGGAUCCUAGAGAAAUGCCCCUUGAUCAACAAUGUGACAGGCUUCCCUAUGAUGACAGCAAAUGGGAAUUUCCUCGGGACCGGUUACAGUUGGGCAAAAUCCUGGGCCAUGGUGCCUUUGGUAAAGUGAUAGAAGCUUGUGCCUUUGGCAUCGACAAAGCUUCAACCUGUAAAACAGUGGCAGUGAAGAUGCUAAAAGAUUGUGCAACAUCCAAUGAGUGCAAGGCUUUAAUGUCAGAGCUGAAGAUCCUCAUUCACAUUGGUCACCACCUCAAUGUGGUCAACUUACUGGGUGCCUGCACUAAGCCUGGAGGUCCUUUGAUGAUCAUAGUAGAAUUCUGCAAAUAUGGAAACCUAGCUAAUUUUCUGAGAGGGAAGAGAGGAGAUUUUAUUGCUUCCAAGUCCCAGCUCAAUAUGGGAAAAAAGGUGAAGACUAUUCAUGAUUCUGAUAGUGAUCUCACUCAGCUAACUAAGAAUCAUCUGCAGAAUGUGGCUAGCACAGGAAGUUCCAUCAGUUCUGGUUUUAUAGAAGACAAGAGUUACAGUGAAUCUGAUGAGGAGGAAGAAGCUAGCUGCUACCUUCUGGGGGCCACAACAACCCACCAUGUAGAUGACCUCUUCAAGCAUCCCCUUACCUUAGAGGACCUCAUCUGCUAUAGCUUCCAAGUAGCCAAAGGAAUGGAGUUCCUUGCUUCCAGAAAAUGCAUUCAUCGAGACUUGGCUGCUAGGAACAUCCUUCUAGCUGAUAACAAUGUUGUAAAGAUCUGUGACUUUGGUUUGGCCAGAGACAUCUACAAAGACCCUGACUAUGUCUGGAAAGGAGAUGCAAAACUCCCACUUAAGUGGAUGGCACCUGAAGCCAUUUUUGACAAGGUGUAUACAACCCAGAGUGAUGUGUGGUCCUUUGGAGUUCUGCUUUGGGAAAUUUUUUCUCUGGGUGCUUCACCAUACCCAGGAAUGCAAGUAGAUGAGGACUUCUGCCGUCAGCUUAAGGAGGGAACAAGAAUGAGAUCCCCUGAAUAUUCCACUCCUGAAAUCUACCAGACCAUGCUUGACUGCUGGCAUAGUGAUUACACAAAGAGGCCCAACUUCUCUGACUUAGUCAGGCAUCUUGGAGAUCUCCUUCAGGCCAAUGUUCAACAGGAUGGCAAAGAUUACAUACCACUUAGUGGCAAUGGUAGAAUUCCCACAUUUAGGAUGCUGGAUCCAAUGCAAGACACCUUAAGCAAUGAGAUCAUCCUGGAAAACAGCAGCAUUAAAUCCCAGAAGAAGCCACUAGUUGGGCUAUUUGAUGAGAUGGAGAUCUGCGAGGAACAGGAGGAUGCUGUGCUUGGGGAUACAGGAGACUAUGCAACUGUUCUUAAUUGGGAUAAAACCAAAAGCCAGAAGUGCCUGGAAACCCAUGCCUGGCCACAUGGCAUCACAGCCUUACUCCUGAGACCUCUCAGCAAGAACAAAGAUUCCCUUCUGAUGGAGACUGAGCUGGAUAUUUUGAAAUACCAUUCAGCCCCUAAGCUUGGACAAGAAGAUCAGAUGGAAGUAUCUUCUCUCCUGCCACUGGAUCCCACCCUUGAGUGCCACAGCCCACCUCCUGACUAUAACUUUGUGCUCCACUACAGCACUCUACCCAUGUAACUCACUAGCAGGAUUGUUCCUUUCUACUGUUUUUCACAUCACUCCCUUUUCCUCCUAAAAGUCAAUAAUUCUUUUCAUAUCUAUGUCAUUGUUACACUGUUACUAAAUUUUCAUGGAAGAAGUAAAAAAGAGAAAGUUCAAAAAAUA